AUGAACGAGUACAGCGAAGAGAUUCAAGAAUAUGUCCCUAAACAGGCUACGAAAGAACGGGAUCAUUUGAAGCCUAGUCGCUGGUGGUUCGCGUCCUCGGCGUUCCCUAUGAUUGCGGGUACGCUGGGCCCUGUUGCGUCCGCCUUCAGCAUCUGCGCCCUCGUUAAGCCAUGGCGACAAAGCUACCCGCCCGGGACCGACGUUGAUUUGGCUACCUACAUGCGCGACCCGGUUUGGCUGACCGCCGUCAACGCCGUCCAACUCUUCAUCGCCAUCGUCGCCAACAUGGCCCUGCUCCUGAACAUGACGAGGCGGCUCAGCUUUGCCAUCGCCCAACCCGUUACCAUCAUCGGCUGGUACAUUUCGUCCUUUGCCCUGAUCUCCCUCACUGCCACGGCUUCAGGCCCUCUGGUGGUUGAGUUGGACGACGAGUUUAUCUGGUCCCAGGCCUUCUACUACGCAAUUUAUUCCGCCGUCUUGUACUUCCUGGUCGCUUCCCUGAUGGUAGUUACCUACUUGGGCGCCCAGGCUGGCCGUUAUCCUAAAGACUUCGUGCUCACUGCGAGCCAGCGCACCUUGAUGCUGCAGACCAUCAUGUUCCUCAUGUAUCUGCUGCUCGGAGCCCUGGUAUUCUGCGAAGUCGAGAGCUGGUCUUACCUUGACGCAGUCUUCUGGGCGGCCGUAACGCUCUUCACCGUCGGCUUUGGCGAUCUAUACGCCACCACACCUCUUGGUAGGGCAUUAUUGAUCCCUUAUUCACUGGUGGGCAUCAUCAGCCUCGGUCUUGUUAUUGGCUCCAUCCGUAGCCUGGUCCUUGACCGCGGCAAGCAGCGACUCGGGAAUCGCAUGCUGGAAAAGAAGCGACGCAGGACAUUGAGGAGGAUGACGAGAACGGGAAAAGACGAGGUUCUCAUCCCGAUCAGGGACGACCCGCCAACUGUGGUGGCCGUACGUACCGAUACGUCGGAAUUGACCGAGUUCGAGCGGAGAGAGCGCGAGUUCAAUAUCAUGCGCAAGAUUCAGGAUGUGUCUGCCCACCGUCGGCGGUGGUUCGCCAUGGGCGUGUCAACAGGAACCUGGUUGGUCCUGUGGCUCGCCGGCGCAAAGGUGUUCCAGAAGUGCGAGGAGCGAUACCAGGGGUGGAGCUACUUUGACGGUUUCUACUUCGCCUUUGUCAGCUUGACCACGAUCGGGUACGGGGAUAUCACACCCGUAUCCAACGCCGGCAAGUCCUUUUGGGUAUUUUGGUCGCUGCUGGCGCUGCCCACCAUGACUGUGUUGAUCUCCAAUGCGGGCGACACCAUCGUCAAGGGGAUCCGGGAUGCGACCGAUCAGAUAGCCACUGUGACCAUCCUACCCGGCGAGCAAGGGUACAAGAAGGAUCUCAAGCGGCUGUUGCGGACCUUCUCCUGUGGUGUUCUUUUCAAGGAGAGUGCCGAGGAAGUGCCCGCCGGCUUUCUCGGCCAGCCACGGCCUCUCGAACGAUCGAGGGCCCACAGCAACCGCGACGUUUGA